AUGUCCUAUUAUGAUAUAGACGACAUUUUGGCUGAUUCGACAAAAGUGCCUUGCAAGUUCAAUUGCAGUGUUCCCGGUCUUGGCUACCUCGAAGGAAAUGCAGGCCAUCCGAUAAAGAAAGACUCGAAAGCAGAGCUACCCUUGUGGCUUGCACGCAUUUUGGCCAUAAUAGGAGCAGAAACUGUUGAAAAUGAAGAAGAGGAACUUCCGUUCGUCGAACUAAUGGUUCCCGAUCUAUUUUCUUCGCGAGUAUUAAACGCCAUCAAAUCUUCACCAACGUCGCUCGAUGUGCAUUCACUCAGCGCCCACUUUUACGAACUCGCAAUAAAGUGGGCAACUUUGUUCAGCGACAGGAGACUUGUGAACGUUUUGAAUACCAUGAUGAUAGAAAGAGCACAAGAAGUGAACAACCAUGCUCUAAGCAUUCCGGCCGACUCGGCUCCCGCUUUACAGUCGGGGACGUUUUUGCUCACGCUCGAUGAAUUCGAGAAGAGAAUAUUUCGCGAUAGUCAUACUAGCUACAAGGAUAUGAAAAGCUGGAUGCUGAGGAAAUAA